AUGCCUUCUCUUGAUAUAACUGGAUUCCAAACCGAGGGCUUUCGUCUUCUCUGUGAAUUCGUCACGUACGAAAACUUCCCUGGAACUCCAGCGGAGGCAAUGGAACGUCUUCAUCGAAUCAUAAUAACGACUCAAGGUGGUCAGAUGUCAAGAUCCCGUGUUAUGUUCAAAAUGGUAGAAAGCAUGCUCGAUCACGAACCUACCGAGGACCAAGUGCGCGAAGUGUAUGUCCUAGGCUGGGCCAUGGAACUUUUGCAGUUUGUCAUCAUAACCUCGGAUGACAUUGUUGACCAAGACCAUUGGAGGCGAGGACGAUGGGCAUGGCACUGUCAACCUGGCGUCGGACUGGGUGCAGUGUUUGAUUCAUUUGUCGGGGCAUUUCUUGCUCUGGCCUUUUUGAAGAAGCAUCUGGGGACGCAUCUGGCAUACAUUCUUAUGGUUGAGUCAAUCAAUCAGGAGCUUCUCCACGUUCAACCUAUGCAGAGCUGGGGUCAUAUGGACACUGCGGAGAAUCUCAAAGCCAGUCACGCCAUCACCAACGAGAUGGCCGUCUACUACCAGUCCCAAAAUGACUAUCUUGACCUAUACGGAACCAAGGCCCAGAACGGAAAAGAGGGAAGUGAUAUCCAAGGUAACAAAUGCUCAUGGCUUAUUGUUGAAGCACUGAAAAACUGCAAUAGCAGCCAGCGAGAGAUUCUUAAAGCGAAUUACGGUCGAGAUGACCAGGAGUGUGCUGAGAAGGUCAAGGUGAUCUUUGAGGAACUUGAUAUGAGUGAGGCCUUUCAGUCCUACAAAAAGAACACAGUCACUGAGAUUGAGAGAUUGAGUCAAUUGAUGAGUCAAGUGGCUUGA